AUGAGUCAAGAAGAAACAUCAUUAUAUUAUGGUAGAACUGUUAAUAAAGUUUAUAAUCAAGAAUUUAUAAUAGAUAGAAGAUUUAAAAUUAUAAAAGAAUUAGGUCAUGGAGCUUAUGGUAUUGUAUGUUCUGCAAAAUAUGAUGAUGGAUCAAAUUCAAAUUUUAAUAAUUUAAAUACAAAUUCUAGUAAUAAUUCAAACAAUAAUAAUAAUGAUUCAUCAAAUUUAUCAUCAUCUGCAGAUGGAUCAUAUGUUGCAAUUAAAAAAAUUAUAAAUAUUUUUAAUAAAAAAAUACUAUGUAAAAGAGCAUUAAGAGAAAUUAAAUUAUUACAAUUUUUUAGAGGUCAUAAAAAUAUAACAUGUCUUUAUGAUUUAGAUAUUAUACCAAAUCCUUUAAGUGGAGAAUUUAAUGAAAUUUAUCUUUAUGAAGAAUUAAUGGAAUGUGAUAUGCAUCAAAUUAUAAGAUCUGGUCAAUCAUUAACUGAUCUGCAUUAUCAAUCAUUUAUUUAUCAAAUUUUAUGUGGAUUAAAAUAUAUUCAUUCUGCUGAUGUACUACAUAGAGAUUUAAAACCUGGGAAUUUAUUAGUUAAUGCAGAUUGUGAAUUAAAAAUUUGUGAUUUUGGUUUAGCAAGAGGAUUUUCUGAAGAUUUUGAACAAAAUCAAGGAUUUAUGACUGAAUAUGUUGCAACAAGAUGGUAUAGAGCUCCUGAAAUUAUGUUAAGUUUUACAAAUUAUACAAAAGCAAUUGAUGUUUGGUCAGUUGGUUGUAUAUUGGCAGAAUUAUUAGGUGGUAAACCCAUAUUUAGAGGUAAAGAUUAUGUUGAUCAAUUAAAUCAAAUUUUAUUAAUUUUGGGAACACCAUCUGAAGAAACAUUAAAUAAAAUUGGAUCAACAAGAGCUCAAAAUUAUGUAAGAUCAUUACCAUUUAUGAAAAAGAUAAGUUUUGAAAAUUUAUUUCCCAAUGCAAAUCCAUUAGCUUUAGAUUUAUUAGAAAAAAUGUUAACAUUAGAUCCAAAUGAAAGAAUAAGUGUUUCUGAAGCAUUAAAUCAUAAAUAUUUAGAAGUAUGGCAUGAUCCAAGAGAUGAACCAGAAUGUCAAGUUAAAUUUGAUUUUAAAACUUUUGAAAUGUUUGAAGAAUUUAAUGAAAUGAAACAAUUAAUUAUUGAAGAAGUUAAAAAUUUUCGAGAGUUCGUAAGAAAACCAAUAGAAGAACAACAACAAAUUCAAUUACAAAUACAGAUACAACAACGUCAAAGACAAGAAAAAGAAACACUAGAAAAACAUCAUCAACAACAACAACAACAACAAAAUAAAGAAAUGAUUGAUAUAACAUCAAGAAUAGAUAAUCAAAGAGAAGAAGAUUAUCCUAAACCACAAGAAUUGAAUGAUUUUUCAUAUCAAAGCUUGGAAAAUAAUUAUCAACCAAAUUUAAUGAAUGAUAUAGAUUUUCAUAAUUCUUCUUUAGGACAAGAUUAUUAUAGAUUAGAAGAAGAAUUAGGAUUUGGAUUAGAUGGGAAUGUCUUUGAAAAUUUUCAAUCAAAUUAA